CUGCUGUCUCUCUUUAAGAUGUUCCUCACCGUGUACCUCAGCAACGAUGACCAGCACUUCACCGAGGUUCCCAUCAUGCCGGAGACGCUGUGCAGAGAUGUGGUGGAGCUCUGCAGGGAGCCCGGAGAGGCCGACUGCUAUCUAGCUGAGACGUGGAGAGGUUCCGAAUAUGUUAUCGGGGAGGGAGAGCAGAUGCUGGAGGUGUUGCAGCGAUGGGGGCAUCAGAGGGGGGAGGUACGCUACAUCCUGCGCCACCAAAGGCCCCCCGGACGAGAGUCAGGUAGGAAACGCCCACCCACCAUCACAGAGAGCCCACCCAAGGGACACGCCUUCAUUCAUGGGUUUAUGGACGGGUCCAGGGCUGCGGAUCAGAUGAUGAAGAUGAAGGACUCUGCGGAAAGAUGCCUGGAGAACGGGUUCUCGGCUCCUCGUCUGGACGUGACGCUGGGCGAGCUGCAGGAUCUGGCCGCCCGACAGCAGCAGCAGAUCACGGUGCAGCAGCAGCUGCUGGCAACCAAGCCUCGUGUUUUUGGGAAGGGGUAG